AUCGCCUCACUCUCCGCCGGAGUCCAGUCCGGAGGCCGCAUCGAAUGUGGAUGAAGCUAAUACCAAUAAUACUAAUCAUACCAAUAAUGGAAAUAACAACAACAACAACAACAACAUUAGUUGUAGCAGCAGUACUACGAUUAGUAAGGACACGUCCAGCGAGUGGUACGUGGAGGAGAUCGACGAGGGCGUGGACCAUUACAUGUUUCCUCGCAUGAUGGGCUAUUUAGUGCUCGAGAAACAAUACGAAUUAUCGCACUCGGCGCUGCUCGCCGACAGAGAGACUCGCUGGAAGAGCUUUCUCGCACGCAUCGGCGGCGUGGAGUCGCUGUCGUUCAAGCUCACGCGGCAGAGCGGGAAUCGCUGGAAGAUCUUCAACGUGACGCAGGAAGACCGCAACCGCCAAGAGCUUCGCGGACUGAUCCAUGAAGGCGUCCCCGAGCAUCUGCGAGGCGAUGUCUGGUACUACGUGAGCGGAGCCAACGAGAUGGCGCAGGCCAGCGCGAACUCGUACCACGAGCUCUGCCAGAUGGAGGUGGACGAGGCGGUGAAGCGGAUGAUCGCGCUGGACAUUCCGCGAACCUUCGCGAACAACUCGCUGUUCCACGCGGAGCAGGAUCGCCCUGCGCCCUACGCGGACAUGCUGCGAUCGAUCCUCUACGCGACGAGCCAGCGACGCACGGACGUGAAGUACUGCCAGGGCCUGAACUACAUCGCGGCCUUGCUGCUGCUGGUCCAGCACGACGAGGAAAAGGCGUUCUGGACGCUGCAGGCGAUCAUGGAGCAUCUCUUCUCCAAGGACUACUUCAAUGAGCAGCUCGCAGGCGCGCGCGUGGAUCAGAAAGUCCUCGAAAUGCUCGUUCAGCAGCAGAUCCCCGAUCUCCAGAAGCGACUCCGCGAGGGAGGCUUUGAGUUGGUGAUGUUCACGCUCCCCUGGUUCAUCUGUCUAUUCAUCAACACACUCCCGUUCAUCACCGUGAUGCGCGUCUGGGACGUGAUCAUGUUCGAGGGCGAUAAGGCGUUGAUUCGAAUCGCUCUGGCACUGCUUUCCAUCGGAGAGCGGGAGCUUCGCGGCUGCACCGAGUUCUCGGAGUUCUCGAACACGUUUAAGCAAUUGGGCGCGUUGCUGUUCGAUGCGGACAAUUUGUUGGAUGUGGCGUAUCAGAAAAAGAUCGCAGAGGGAGCUUCGGAGAAGGUUAUAUUCUUCCGAAGAAAGGAGCUUGCGAAGUGGAGAGAGGAGAUGCGAAGUACGCUUUAA